UGUCCAGUUGUGGAAAGGAUUAUAUUGGAUGCGCAUAACCGUGGAUUAUCAUUUCAUGUGCAUGUUUUGGAUUCACCUAUAGAGGGAAAAGGCAAGCAGCUAUUAGAAACAUUAUGCAGUCGGGGUAUAAAAUGCAGCUACGGUAUGUUAGCAUCGAUUGGCUAUGUAAUCCGAGAGUGUCAGUUGGUUCUGCUGGGUUGCUCGGCAAUUUUAUCUCAUGGUUGUGCAGUAGCCGAGCGAGGUACCAGUCAGGUAGCUUUAGUCGCAUCCGCUUCCAAUAUUCCAGUGUUGGUGGCCGCGCAAACUUGCAAGUUUGUUGAUCGAGUGCAGUCUUUUUUGCAUGGUGUGCAUGAAGUGAGUGCAUUGGUUGGUGAAAGACAGGAAGCGGUGCCAGCUGAACUAAUCACUGCGCUGGUCACCGAGCUACGUAUUCUGCCACCAAGUUCAGCACCGGCCGUGCUGAAAGCUAAGCAAUUGGCAGUCGAUUCCUAA